GUCUUCUAAUUGUUAGUUGUGAGAAGAAGAGAGGAAAAGUGAGAGAGAGGAAGGAAAACAAGAGGCCAUAGGUUUGCAACCAGCAAGGAAGAAGAGCAUCAAGGAGACCACAAAUCACAUUGGGGAGGCCAUAGGCUUGCAUUGAGAGCAUCAAGGAGUCCAAAGCAAGACUUCUCAACUCAUUUGAAAGAGCAGCCUUCACGUUUAAAAAACAUUCAUUUUUCACAAUGCCUAAAAAGGAUGAGGCUUGGAAAUAUACUGAAGACUUUAUUGGCAGACAAAAAAAUCAAACAAAAUGUUUUUUUUGUAAAGAAAUUAAUUUUGGUGGCAUCAAUAGAUUUAAAUACCAUAUUGCCGGCAUACCUGGCCAUGAUAUUGAGGUAUGCAAAUUACAAACUCCUGAGGCAAAACGUUUCUGUUAUGUCCAAUUAGAAACACAUGAACAAGAAAAGUUAACUAAGAAGAGGCAAUUGGAAGAGUUAAGUGCUAUUGGCUCCCAUGCACCCACAUUCGCAUCUGCAUCCGCAUCCGCAUCCACAUCCAUAGGCUGUGUUGGAGAGGGUUCUUCCAUGCCUCCCUUUCACCCUAGUGCUUCUGCUAGUGCUAGUGCUUCUACUUCUACUCCUCCUGGUGGCACUAUUACCUUUGGCCCUAGAGUUCGGAAAUCCAGGUUGGAUAGUUAUUUUGUGCCGCGUAGUACUCCUAGGGCACAACCCUCGCUUGAGGGCAUGGGUUGGAACAAGGAGAUUCAUGAUGCUGCAAGAAAACAAAUUUGCAAGUUUUGGUACUUUUGCAACAUUCCAUUUAUUGCAGCCAGGUCUCCUUAUUGGCAAGGCAUGGUAGAUUCCAUAACCAUUUGUGGUGCGGGGUUUAAAGCCCCUAACGAUGCUGAGUUAAGUGGCCCCCUCUUGUUACAAAUGGUUGAGGAUAUGAAAGUUGAGCUAGAGGACCACCGACAGUCUUGGAGCCAAAAGGGUUGCACCAUCAUGACAGAUGGUUGGACGGAUAGGAGGAAUAGAACACUCCUAAAUUUUCUUGUUUCCUGUGGAGGUGAUUGAUCAUGAUUCAUUCUAAUUUGUA